UUACUUUUGCUUAAAAUUGAUGCAUUGUCUCGUAAACAUUUGUUCGUAUACAUUUUCCUUCAACUCUCUCUUGCAUUGAAUCACUUUUGAAGCAGCCACUUCAUGUAAAGACUAAGAUCAGCGCUGAAGGAAAAUGUACUUACAGUAAUGUCCCAUCGUUUCCUGCAAAAAGAGGAAAAGCCUGAGUCCAGCAGAUGACAAGUUCUCCUCUGAAGAUGCAGACCGUAUCGGUGCCACUGCAGGACUUCAUCAGUAAAGUCAAAGACAACGCCAACGCCUUCGUGUUCAGCGUUCUGGUUUUUUCCUAUCAAGCCCUCCAGAAUGGAUUCCCGUGCUCUUGUAAACCACAACCUGGUUACUGCGUUGCAUACAUGGUCCUGCCGUGUCUCAUCGUGACCGUCCUGAUGCUGUCGACGGACCAGCCGUUCCAGCGGGCGUGGACCUUCACCACUACCAAGGGGUCGUGUCACUUCUGCUGCGUUCUGUUCCGUCGCUCCGUCAAGGCGUCGUGCGUGGGUCUGCUGUGGGUCACGUCCGUGCUCAUCCAAACAGAGUGGUUCGUUUGCUGCAACAAUCAGAAUCCCAAAGCCGUAGCGGAUUUACAAUGCAAACACAAGACUGAAGUCACACCUGGAGGUCCACCUGUCGUGACCAUCGCUGAGAUGGAGAUGACUUCAAGGAUGAUUGGCAUGUCUUUACUCUUUGGGAUCACCUUGGUGGGCGCCAUCUUGUUGUCGACCUGGACGAUCUGCGCUGACAACAGCAGCUGUCCGAGAUGUUGCAGCAGAGAAGUUCAAGUGCUUGAGCUGAUUCUGGAAGUCGGGGAAGAAGUUGUGUCGAAGACGAUGAAGGACGAACAACAAAGCAAGUUAUCUGACAAAGUGAACAAGUACAUUGCUAAAGGGAAGUGGGUCAAUUGUUUGGACGUCGUUGAAGAGUUGAUCGACACAAUAGGAGAAGAGAUGCAGAGCAAACACAAGGACAUCAACCAACAGAGCGAUCAAGAAGAACAAACAUCUGAAGGUCUUUAAUCUGUGAGGACUGAAACAUCUAAACCCACUGUUUCCAAUGAAAUGAUUCAGUUCUUCUGCAGAAAUAAUAAUGUCAAAACCUUUUACACAAGGCAAUCAUGAAUGAUGUCAUCUUUAUACUUUGAUCUGAAGUCAGAGAAAGUAUUCAGAUUCAGCAUAAUCAGUUUGUUUGCAAACUUGUCAUUUUCUCCUGCAUUGUUUUGUUUUACUUCAUUUAUUCAGACGAAACCCAUUGCAAAGGACAAAUGUUCAGAGUUGAGAAUGUGAAACUGAGGAAAUCUUUCAUAUAUGCUUGAAAAAGUGAUUAUAUUGACCAAUCAACUAUAAAAGUAAUUGUUGACUUAUUUUCUUUCAUUUGACUGAUUAAACAACUAAUUGAUUUAGUUCUGUAGUUCUUUUAUUGAAAAUAAACCGUUCAGUUCAGUCGAUAGCUGCUUCCACAGAAAGAUCACAUCAGCUGCAGCCAUCUUGGUUCUUUUUUUUAAAACGCCUCAACAGAUAAACGUUUGUGAUUGACCCGUCUCAAGCUUGGUUUUAGUCUUGAAGCAUCCUCGAGGGCCGUCACAGCAUCAGACCCUCUGCGUGGUCCCUACGGCGGGUUUACACCAGUCCGACAUUUUCUAACUAAGUGGCAAACAGAAACCAUUUCUGUGAGUUUCACAACCUCAGACAUCUCAUCAGUGAUUCAAACUCUCAUGUGAAUUGAAGAUUGACUAAUUUUCUAAAAGGUUCACUAACGCCCCGUCCCCAGCUAUCUGUGUUUCCAUGGCAACGAUCAACACCUGCAGAACAAACACAUGUUGUUGUGGUGUAUAACUUUUUUUUCUGCUACUGCUUAUCUCAUCACUGGGUAUAAAGUCUGGAGAUAUUUGUCUUCCUGUUCCGACCAUCAAACUAGUUCAAACUAGAGGAGAACUUUAUAGGA